AUGAGCUCCAAGUUGCCCCACGGUCCGAUUAAGUACAGCAAUCCUAGACGUAACAGCGACAUACAACGACACUUCCUACAUGCCGUUCCUCACAAAAGCGACAUGGAUACGACAGCAUCGCUCGUCGGAGAACAUCUUCCGCUGAGGGACCCGUGGCGCGCGGAAACGCAGGACGAGAGCUCAGCCGCCGGCAAGGAGCCCUGUGUGGUAUAUGCGGUCACCGCCUAUAUGCAGGACUUCGUGAACCAUAGGGUCUAA